AUGGAGAAGAAUCAAAGUGAAAACAGAGAGAGUUCAAAAGCAAACGAGAAGAUGCUUGAGGAAGAAGAUACCAAUCUUUUUGAGAAAACAUCAACGAAGUGGAAGGAGUAUGAGUCAAUGGACGCCUUCAAAAGAACACCACAACGUCCUCACUUCAGCCCACUGAUCAAGAAGCCUAGUAUUGUGCGCGAAGAUUAUGCGUUAAUUAUAAUGGAAACUUGGCUCGAUAUAUCAGAGGCACUACAUACUCCCGGGACGGACGUUUCCCUAAGCCAACUAGAGACAUUGCUCCAUCUAGAGACGCACGGGUUCGACGUUGACGAGCUGUUAUUACUGACCAUGUACAAGGGCUUAAAACAAGCCAAUACAAUGGAGGAACAAAAAGGAAAGUGGAAAAGAGAAGAGAACCUUACUUCUACUGCUGUUGUUGAUUUAGCUAGAAAGAUUGAUAAAGUAAAGGAUCUUAUGAGAAGGAAGACAGAGGUAGCUACCAAAUUGGAAAAGGUUAGAAAUGAUAAGAGAGAUCUUGUGGCCGAGAUUCUUGAGCUGGAGGAAAGACUCCGAGUUGCAGAGAAAAGAGUGGCCGAGUUGAGAGAGAAGAAGGAGGCUGUAGAUAAAGAAAUUGCUGAUUUGCAAUCUUGUUAA